CGCAUGACAAAGUGGAAGUCGACCUGGCACUCAUUGGCGCGUGGAGUUUCGAUCAAGAAGAAGAAGAAGAAGAAGAAGAAGAAGAAGAAGAAGAAGAAGACAAGCGCUACACGCACUGGCUGCUAUAAUAUACGGAAGUGGAGGUACACCCGAUUCACUACCAUUCGCGCAGUACGAGAAGGAAAUGGGGUGCAGAUACCACACGAUGGAUGCGCGCGCUUUGUCUGCUACAUGAGCGGCGGUCUCUUUGGCAGUCCUCUUCCCGCCUUUAGCGUGUCGACAUCCAGCACCAACAUGUUUGGUAGCCCAACUGAGUCCGGAGGUACCUCGUCGACCUUCAGUGCCAGCAUCGCUGUCCAGUCCCGUGGGUUCUCAGCCUGGCAUGGCGGCUGUCAGCAGCUCCUCAGACAGCGUGACCGCGGGCAGUAGCAAACCGUCGUCUUCAGAUAUGGAGAUGGACGAUGCACCCGACCCAUCUGCAGACCACGUCGUCGCCGCGACCAGAAUUAUUACUGCUCCUGUACCAGCACCACCGCCCUCGCAGCCGCCAAAGUCCGCGAACACGAUCACAUUCGCUCCGCCUAGGUUUACAGGCCUAGGUUUUCUCCCAUCAAGGCGUUUGAAAUCCGAGACGGCCAUCCCACUAAAGCCAGCAGCGAUUUCAGGGGUUCAAGUCAGUGCAAAGUCGCCAUCCGCCCCCCGAAUCCUGCGUCAGCUACCAUGCCGUCGUCAGCUCCUCCCUCACAGCGCGAGGAAGCUGCGACGCCACCUCCCUCACAG